AGUUCCUUCUCUUUGCUAUCCAGCCCUCCGAGUCAAGUAAGUUUCCCCUUCCUUCUCUCUUUUCUUUCCCGGCCAUGUCUUCGUUUAGCGAUAGGAUCUCGUCCUCGGAGGACUGCUCCUCUGAGGAUUCCAACUCAUCUUCCUCGACCGGGUCUUCUUCUCCUGAAUCCACACCCGGUCAGGUUCCCAACUCCUCUAUUCCCGACCCGCACCCUGUAAAUCAGAUGCCCGGUGAAACUUUCGUGGGGAGGGAUGACCCGGUCGAUGACGAACCGGGCCCCUAUGACCCUGAAAACGAAACCCGGGAUGCGUGGGAGGAGCGGCUUCAUGCUGCCGGUUACUUCCCGCUCCCCACCUUCUACGUCCUUGACAUCCCUUCCCGUGUAUCCAAAAUCGCUUUGAACAAAAUUCGUAGGAGGCUCCCGGAUGGGUAUACCCUCCUGUAUGAACCUAAGUGGCCCAACAUUGUUGAACCCCACCGGGAGGAUAGGAUAGGGUUCCACACCAUAUCACUGGAUGCGGGCAUAGUUUUUCCCCUUCGCCCUCUCCUUACCGAAGUCUGCCAUGCGUUUAGGAUUUUGCCCGGCCAAAUAACUCCUAACGCCCACCGGUAUCUUCAUUCCUUUGUAAAUAUUUGUACUCAUCUGAAAAUCUUCCCCUCUUUGCGUCUUUUCCUUUUUUGCUUCGAAGUCCUACCGGGCGGAUCCGGCUGCGAAGGUUUCGUAUUCUUCAAAGCCCGUACCGGUAGGAAGUUCAUUUCCGAAGUCCCCCAGAGUAACCGGGGAUGGAAGGAAAAGUUUGUUUUCAUCGAGUUUCCCCCCUUCGUCACUCCUCUGGCCGGUCUGAAAUGGAAUGACCAUCUCCUCGACCAAGAGUAUGCUGCACCGGCCUCCUCCCCAGACUUGGAAGCGAAUCUUGAGAUCCUCAUGCGCGGGGAUCCUCAAACCGGGAGGAUCUUCCAUCAAGGCAGCUGGGUUUGGAGGGUAGAGUCGGGUGGUGAGGAUAUGGAGUUCGAAGAGUUCGCCAUCCCCGACGACCAACCAGCGGGGGACACCGGGGGCUCCCAAGCCAACCCUGCCAAAACCUUCCCGGUCCACCAAGAGACCGUGGAGAUUUUGGAUGAGGACGAACCCCAGGACAACCGGUCUAAAGGGAGGGAAAAAGAGAAGACCGGUCGCCGGACCAAGAAGGUGGCCACCAACCAUCCCUCUGCCAUGAACAAGAGGCAGAGGACAGACUCCGGCGCGGCCUACCAGACCGUGGAGGAGGCCUACAUCAACCUUGGCCUUCGGCUGAGGGAGGUUGGGGAGAUAGGGCCCGUCACCGCCGACCGGUUGGGAAUGGACUCUCCAACCGAGGUGGCCCUCCUCAAGAGCCAAACGGAUGAGCUGGCCAAGUUGUCUAAGAUGGCCGGAUCCUUGGGGGCAGAGAACACCCGGCUGAAGGAGGAGAAUGGCCGGCUGCUGGACGAGGUCUCCAAGACAAAAAGAGAGAUGGCGGAGAGGGAAGAAAACUUCCCCGGGCGCGCAGCCGCCUGGGUUGAGGAAAAUAAGGCCGAAGCUACCCGGGUUCUGACGGCGAGCCCAGAAGCUACCAUGGAAUCCUUCAGGCUUCUAUACCGGGAGUCUGAAGGAAAGAAGAUGAUUACCGCCGUUGGAUCUUUCGGAUUCAAGUGCGGGCAAAAGAAAGACCGGGCAGCCUCCCACCGAAUCCUCCUGAAGAGAGACCCGGCCUUCACCGCGGCUUCCUACGGCCUGGCUCCCAUCUCGGAGGAAGAGCCGACUCCCCCUUUUCCCCUUGACUGAUCCCCCCGGCUGCGCCCGGUUGAACUAUCUUGUAAAACUCUGAACUCAUUUCCCCGGGAAUGCCCAGUGUAGCUGUAAAACACUUAACUUUUUUUUGUGUUAUGCUUUAAUGCAAUGCUUAAUUUCCGUACCGGUUUAGCUUCCAUAUCUGCUUGCUUCUUGAUUGAUACUUUGCCCUUGCUUCUUAGAACGCCAUCAUAGGAUAUUCGACCGGUACAGUAAUCAACCACUAUUGUGUUC